UAGCUGGAGCAGAGUAGCCAAAUCAUCAAGACAUCCAGAAAGCAGAGUAGCUUGAAAUAUAUAGAGAAUCAAUGGGGAGGUCCCCUUGCUGUGACGAUGAAAAUGGCCUCAAAAAGGGACACUGGACUCCUGAAGAAGAUCAAAAGCUUGUUGAUUACAUCCAGAAAAACGGCCAUGGAAGUUGGAGAGCCCUCCCUAAGCUUGCUGGUCUGAAUAGAUGUGGCAAGAGCUGUAGAUUAAGAUGGACGAAUUACUUGAGGCCUGACAUCAAGAGAGGCAAAUUUUCUGAAGAAGAAGAGCAAACUAUUCUGAGUCUACAUUCCAUCCUUGGAAACAAAUGGUCAGCAAUUGCGACCCAUCUACCAGGGCGCACAGACAACGAAAUCAAGAAUUUCUGGAACACCCAUCUGAAGAAGAAACUGAUUCAAAUGGGUUUCGAUCCGAUGACCCACAGACCCAGAACAGACCUCUUUACCAGCUUGUCUCACCUCAUAGCCCUAGCCAAGCUUGUGGAACAGCCACCAUUAAUAGAUCAAGAACAAGCUGCCCAAUUGGCCAAACUUCACUCCUUGCAAUUUCUUUUCCAGUCAUCAUUGUCAUCAUCGACACCCACAAUAAACCCUAAUAAUAGUAGUAUUUCAGAUCUUGAGCUUCUCAGUCUGCUGAAUUCAGCUUCAACCCAGAUGCUGCAGAAUCAUGCCCUAUUUUCCAUUGAAAAUAAUGCAACUUCUCAACCACUCCGUGAACAACCUUUCACCACCUCCUCAUCAUCCUAUCUGCCAGUUGACCCACAAGUCCCUUUCUGUUUCCAAACACCCUUGAACGGCGAUGAUCAGAUCAUUGGCCAAGUGGGCAAUAAUUAUAUUAACCCGUCUAACUUUGCAUGGCUUCAUCACUCUUCUCCGGCGCCGGCGAAAAGAGAGAAUUUCUUGAGCAAUCUGGGAGAAAGCAGCAGCGGCUCCAGCCAUGGAGGUUCUGGAGCUUCUUCCUACAACUGGAAUGAACUGCUUUUUGAGGAGCCAUUCACGAAUACGAUUUCUUAGUUAUGGAUAGUUUCAUGGGUUUGGCGUUGCUUUUGUUGGUUCAUAAUAGGAUAUAUGUAUAGACAUGCAUGUUUGGACAGCAGAGUUUACAUGUGGUGGGUGUGUGUAUAUAUAUAUAUAUAUAUAUAUCUUUGAUGAUGAGUUUAA